AUGAAUCCACAACAUUCCCUUCCUCCAUUGCCAUCCAAGCCAACAACAACCACACAGCAAAUCGUGAAGCAACCUCAGCAACAAAUAAGACCUAUAACUCCUGUUGUGGUGAUCCCACAAUAUAACACAAGCACAACACCCAUCACAGACUAUUCGGGAGUACUCUUCAUUGGAAUGGAUCGGAGAUCAUCAUGCAGCAGAAAUAAUCCUAUGUUGCAACCACCUUCAGAUUCAAUCUAUGGAGGAGAAUCUAAUAAUUGUAAUACUUCGGGAUAUAUGUAUAAUGCCAAUUCUAUUCCACAACAAAAUUAUGUCACAACCAACAAGGGACCUCAAAACGCUUUCAACAAGAAUAUUUAUAUGAAUAGCCUGAAUAAUGGUCAACAGCUUCAUGUACCAAUAGAUCAACAUACUGCUCCAAAAAGAAAUAGUCCACAUCCUUUGGACUCUAACAAGACAUCUAAUCCGACAACCUCAUCCUCUCCCUCUGUUUUGGAUCAGUAUUCAUCUGCAACUAACAACAAUUAUCAACAAUCUCUCACUACAAGCCACAAUAAUUCACAUUACUCUUCCCCAAUGUCACAGUCGUCUCACGAUACACAACCAUUCUUGCAAUCAAAUAUUACAACUAACAACAACUUGCCCACUGGACUUAACUCAACCAUUAACAACAACUUUCAGACAGUGGAUUUAAGCCAAGGUCACAAAUAA